UAAACAAACUUUCUGAGAAACACACACAUAAAAUACAAUACAAUAUGUAUUUCAAGGUUCUUGUCGUUCUUUCUUUGUUCACACCACUGCUUCUUCAAAGUCUCUUUCCCCUUUACUUAACAUUUAGUCACAUUCAGGAUUUUUUCAACUCUUACCCCACUCACCCUUUUAAAUCCUUCAUUCUUUGUAUAUAUGUGUGAGAAACCCUCCUACUUUUCUUCCAUGAUUACCAGGCUUCACAUAGUUGGAUGGUUGUAGCAGUGUCAUCACUUACCAGUUAUUAGGAGGUUUUGAGUUUCCAACUUUGAUAGUAUAUUGUCAGCUCCAAACAGAUUUGUGAACACAACAUGGCUGAGUUUGAUAACGAUGAGUUGCCAAUCCUGUCAGAUGCUAAUCCAAAACAAUCAAAUGAACCUGAUAGUUCUAAAUUCCGGAAUCUUGUACCUAGGACGCGAAGUGUAUCGAUUUCUAUUCCCAUGAUUCCUAUGGAACCAUAUGAAAGGGAUACUAAUUUCAAGGGACACACAGGUCCUCUAAGGAGUCAAAGAAAAGCUUCAUUUAAUCCAAUGAGUGGUCCAUUAUAUGUUACUCAUACACCUGGAAAUCUUUUCGGGCAGAGUUUGGUCGUGCCAACGAGCAAAGCAGUGGAAAGUAAGACCGAAAAGUUUCCUUUAUGCGGCAUGAAUGAACAUGGUUUGCAGAAUAACAAUGCUGGUAAAAAUGAACAUUUAUUAAGGUCUGGUCAAUUGGGAAUGUGUAAUGAUCCUUACUGUACUACUUGUCCAACUUACUUCAAGGCUACUCAACAAAGCGAUUUGAAAAGUUCGAGUCUGUUCAAUCCUAAGUUUCAGAAUGUUCUCUAUGGUGAUGCAAAGGAUUGGGCAAGAAGAAUGUUUGCUUUCUUGAUUCCACAUGUACCUAGAGUUAUAAAUCCACAUAAUAAACUUGUACAUCAAUGGAAUAAAUUUUUUGCAAUUUGUUGCUUGGUGGCAAUUUUUGUGGAUCCAUUAUUUUUCUUCUUGCUAUCUGUGGAUUAUGACCAUAAAUGUAUUGUUCUUAACUCAACAAUGACAACAGUGCUUGUUUUUCUUAGAAGUGUGAAUGAUUUCAUACAUUUCCUAAAUAUUAUUCUUCAGUUUAGGUUGGCUUAUGUGGCCCCUGAGUCUAGAGUGGUUGGUGCUGGAGAAUUAGUUGACCAUCCUAAGAAAAUAGCUCUUCACUAUCUUCAGACAUAUUUUCUUUUUGACUUGUUUGUUGUGCUUCCACUUCCUCAGAUAAUGAUAUUGUUUGUCAUUCCAAAACACUUGGGAACAUCAGGAGAAAAUUAUGCAAAGAAUCUUUUGCGCGCCGUCGUCCUUGCUCAAUACAUUCCAAGAUUGUGUAGAUUUCUCCCUAUGCUAAUUUAUCCAACUGGAUUCAUCUUCGAGUCGGCAUGGGCUAGUUUCUUUAUUAAUCUUUUUACCUUUAUGCUGUCUGGCCAUGUUGUUGGCUCAUGGUGGUACCUCUUUGGUUUGCAGAGGGUUAAUCAAUGUCUACGAAAUGCGUGCAAGCAUAUAUAUUUUGAUGAAUGCUCAAAACUCAUUGAUUGUGGUCAUGGAAGCACUCAGGAAUAUCAAAAGGGAUCAAAUUGGCCUGAUUGGAAGAAAAAUGACAAUGCAAGUGCUUGUUUCACAGAAGAUGGUUUUAAGUAUGGAAUCUAUCUUAAAGCAGUCAACCUUACUACAAAAUCUAAUGUUCUUACAAGAUAUGUAUAUUCAUCAUUUUGGGGAUUUCAGCAAAUUAGUACUCUGGCGGGAAAUUUGACACCAAGCUAUUUUAUUUGGGAAGUCCUUUUUACGAUGGGAAUCAUUGGAUUAGGACUCUUGCUUUUCGCUCUUCUCAUUGGAAACAUACAAAACUUUCUUCAGGCUCUUGGAAAAAGGAGGCUAGAAAUGUCACUUAGACAACGCGAUGUUGAGCAAUGGAUGAGCCAUAGGCGCUUAGCAGAUGAUCUGAGAAGGAGAGUGCGACAAGCUGAACGUUACAACUGGGCUGCAACGAGAGGAGUGAAUGAAGAAAUACUCAUGGAGAAUUUGCCAGAAGAUCUUCAGAGGGAUAUUAGACGACAUCUCUUUAGAUUUGUUAAGAAGGUUCGAAUAUUUUCCUUGAUGGAUGAUCCUAUUCUGGACGCCAUUUGCGAGAGACUAAGACAAAAAAUUUACAUCAAAGGAAGCAAAAUUUUGUAUGAUGGUGGCUUAGUAGAGAAGGUCGUUUUUAUCGUGCGUGGAAAAUUAGAGAGUAUUGGUGAAGAUGGAAUUCGAGUUCCUCUAUCUGAAGGCAAUGUUUGUGGUGAAGAACUUCUUACAUGGUGUCUUGAGCAUACUUCAGGAAACAAAGUUUGUGCUAAAACAAGAAUUCCAAGACAAAGGCUAGUUAGCAAUAGGACAGUAUUGUGCCUAACAAAUGUGGAGGCAUUUUCCCUUAGAGCAGCAGACCUUGAAGAAGUUACAAGCCUUUUUGCAAGAUUUCUGAGGAGUCCUGGUGUUCAAGGUGCCAUAAGGUAUGAAUCACCUUACUGGAGAUGUCUCGCCGCUACGCGAAUCCAGGUUGCGUGGAGAUACAGAAAGAAACGUCUUUGUCGCGCUGACACUUCACAAUCAAAUAAUCAAACAUAAAAGUUGUACAUUUAGCUACAUGUAUGUAAGCGAAAUGAUUCUUUGACAUCUAAAUUUUGAUGUCAAAUACGGUGUGUUUUGAUUUUUAUGUGUAUUUUUAAAUGUGUGUAAAUUAUAGAAGAUAAAAAUUAAUCGAGAGGUAGAGAUAAACAUAUACAGUGUCAGAUACAACGUUUGUAUUUUGAUGUUAGAACUCUGUAUGUAUUCAUGUAUGUAAUGUUACUAAUGAAAUAUUAUAUCUAACAUGUACUGAUUUGCAAGGCA